UUUUUACGUCACGUGACCGGAAGUCCAUCGUCAACACUGAUGACGGGGGCGCGAGCUCCCUCUAGCUCGCACUCUUAAUUUUAAAAUGGUUCUAAUUGCUUUUAGCUGACAUUGUAAAGCGAAUCAGGGUGUAUUAUUUCCUCCUGCUUCGGGGUGGGGUUCCACCAUGGCGGGCCCUCUGCUGGAGUUUGAGACCGAAAUGUUUCUGAGCCUGUUCGGCUGUGACGGGCUGCUCGCGGUGGCGGAGGGGAUGGGGAUAGACCGUAUCCUGCUGCAGUUCAUGCGGGUGUACUCGGAGCAAGGCAGCCUGGUUCUACUUCUUAACACCACCACCCCCGAGCAGGAGUAUUUUACGGAGCAGUUGCGAGUGGAAGGUGUGACUCACUUGCCAAGGACGGUGACCAGCGAGGUCCAAGGCACCGAGCGAUACAAUGUGUACACCGAGGGAGGGGUACUGUUUGUCACCAGCAGAAUCCUGGUGGUCGACUUCCUCACCGACCGCAUACCUGCCCAUCUUAUAUCAGGCAUCCUGGUAUACCGCGCUCACAAAAUCAUCGAGUCGUGUCAGGAAGCGUUUAUCCUACGACUGUUCCGACAGAAAAACAAGACGGGCUUCAUCAAAGCCUUCACCGACAAAGCCACAGCCUUUUCCUCAGGCUUCUGCCAGGUGGAGCGUGUGAUGCGGAACCUCUUUGUCAAGAAGCUAUACCUUUGGCCCAGAUUCCAAGCGUCAGUGAACACAGCCCUAGACAGACACAAGCCGGAUGUGGUGGAACUCCAUGUCUCAUUGACUGCUUCUAUGAAGGCCAUCCAGAGCUCCAUCUUGGACAUCAUGGGUGCCUGUCUGAAGGAGCUGAAACGCUACAAUCCCACCUUGGAGGCGGAGGAUCUCUCCUUGGAAAACACACUUAGCAAUGCCUUUGAUAAGACCAUCCGCCAUUACCUGGACCCCUUGUGGCACCAGCUGGGAUCAAAGACAAAGGCGCUGGUCCAGGACCUGAAGGUCCUGAGGGUUCUGCUGCUGUACCUCACCCAGUACGACUGUGUCACGUUCCUCAAUCUGCUCGAAUCCCUUCGCUGCAGCCAAAAAAACUUUGGCUCCAACUCAGGGUGGCUCUUCUUGGACUCCAGUACCUCAAUGUUUGUAAAUGCCAGGUCCAGAGUAUACCACAUCCCGGAAAGCAAGAAGAAACUUAAAGUGGGAGCUGAAGCAGAAAAAAACCAGCCACCCUCCGCUUCAGAGGUGAAGCGGGUGCUGGUGCUGGAGAAGAGCCCAAAGUGGGAGGCUCUCUCUGAAGUCCUGCAGGAGAUUGAGAAUGAGAACAAGAACUCCCAGUAUGAACCAGGUCGCGUGCUGAUCUGCGCCAGCGAUGACAGGACUUGUGCUCAGCUGCAGCAGUACAUCAGGCACGGUGCAGAGUGGCUCCUGAACAGACUUUACACACGCACCAUCGCCAAACGAGAUCCGUCGUCCGCCUCUGCUUUUGAGUUGGCGAAUCACAAAAAAGACAAGGGCCUUCUCAAAGGCGGGUCCAAAGGAAAGGGCCGAGGGAACGCGAAAGGGAAGGAGCCGAAAAAAAAGACUAGCAAGGCUAAAAGCAGACCCUCUCUGACCUUGACUCAGAUGAUUGGUAAAGAGCAAACCGUUGAAGCGGCGGUGAUGGGCAGCAGUGAGGAUGAGGAUGACUUUGGCGAUGAAGACGAUAUGGCGGAAGAAAAUGCUCUGAAGCUGGAUUUGUCAUCUGACGCUUACUACGCAGUCCUGAAGGAGCCCCUGAUGGUCAUUCACCCACUGAAGGGUUGCACGGACCCCCACAGCCUGACGCGUGUGUUACAUGAAGUGGAGCCCACGUUUGUGGUGCUUUACGACGCUGAACUCAGCUUUGUGCGCCAGCUGGAGCUCUACAAAGCCUGUCGACCUGGCAAGGCACUCAGGGUAUACUUCCUCAUCUAUGGCGGCUCAACAGAGGAGCAGAAAUACCUGACCGGGCUAUCCAAAGAGAAGAAAGCCUUUGAACAUCUCAUUAAGGAAAAAGCUACUAUGGUCAUCCCAGAGGAGAGGGAGGGACGAGAAGACACCAACUUGGACCUUGCCAGGAAUUUAGACCCUGCCAACGCCACCACCAACACUCGCAAAGCCGGAGGCCAAGACCAGCCUAAAGAGCCCUCCCGAGUCAUUGUAGACAUGCGUGAGUUCCGCAGUGAGCUUCCCUCUCUGCUCCACCGCCGUGGCCUGGACAUCGAGCCUGUCACUUUGGAAGUCGGGGACUACAUCCUUACGCCGGACAUUUGCGUGGAACGCAAGAGUGUCAGCGAUCUGAUUGGCUCCUUGCAGAGCGGUCGCCUCUAUACCCAGUGCCUCUCCAUGAAUCGCUAUUACAGGAAACCAGUGUUGCUCAUCGAGUUCGACCCGGCGAAGCCCUUUUCCCUAAUGGCCCGCUCCGACUUCCGCCACGAGAUAUCUGCCAACGAUGUUUCCUCCAAACUCACUUUGCUCACGUUGCAUUUCCCGCGUCUCCGCAUCCUCUGGUGCCCCUCGCCGCACGCCACAUGUGAGCUUUUUCUGGAGCUGAAAAAAGGUCGCAAAGAACCUGACGCCGUGGCGGCUCAAGCGGUCACAGCCGAAUCAGACGUGGUUGCUGAAUCGACAGAGCUCUAUAAUGCCGGGCCGUACGACUUCUUGCUCAAGAUGCCGGGGGUCAACACGAAAAACUUUCGAGCGCUCAUAAGAAAUGCUGACAGCCUGGCAGAUCUAACCAAACUGAGCCAGGACAAGCUGGCAGAAAUACUUGAGAAUGCCAGUAACGCCAAGUUGCUCUAUGAGUUCUUGCAUAAUGUUGCAGAUGUUCAAAUUCCACCACAAAAGGGGAACAAAGAUACCAUCAAUUUAAUGCAGACUUUUUAAAAUAUAUUUUUCAUUUAACAGUGCAAAGUAGUUUUGUGCGAAUGUACAGAAUUAACUGAGUAUUACUAAGUAUUACACUGUAAAAAUGAUUUAAAGCCAUGAACAAAUCUUUUUUUACAUUAACUAUUUUGUGUCUUGUCAAAUAAAUCGAUACACUCCAA